CAGGUGCUGUGGUUUCCUCAAGGCACUACAGUACUUGAAGGAGGGAAGGUGCUCCUCUGGCUGGUCCCGGCCGGUACUGAGCACGCGCACUGGGAAGCAAGCGGACCGAAAAGCGAGGCCGGGGGGGAGGGGGGAGAGAGAGAGAGAGAGAAAAGGAGGAAAAAGGAAAAAAAAUCCGAGAGCGAGAAGCGGGCGCGCGCACAGACUCAGGCUUCUGAAGGGACCCGAGGAGCCGGUCCUGCUGCAGCAGCUGUAGGGCAGAAGUUUGAUCACACCCCAGUACCCUACAAUCAAGAAUUAUGAAUCACAGCUGAAAAAACACUUCACGAACCAGAGAACUCCUGAGUAUGCUACGUAUUAAGACAAUGACACACUAGAAAUACUGUUGAAAAUGAAUGUUGAAAAAAUAGAGGAAAUGGACUUGCAGCUUCCUUUAAUGAUCAGGGAUGAAAAUGGCAAUAAAUGUAUGUGUAAGUCCAUGGCGUCAGCCUCACUGAAUAGAAGCACUGUUAGCCACCAUCAAGAAGUGGAACAUGAAGACUAUGUAAAGCUUAAGGAUACAGAUCAGACAAAAAGCAUUUUUCUAGAUUCUCAAUGUGCUGAAUCGCAAGCUCUGCAGAAGGCUGACAGUGAUUAUAUCUGCUUAGGGACUUCAGAUCUGGAAGCCAUACCUGUCCUUUCUCCAAAAGAACCAUUGUAUGUGUAUGCCUUCAACCAGACUUUGCUGGAACCAGAAAGCCUUCGUAAAGAGAGUUGUGCGAUAAAGAAUAUCCAGAUGUGCAGUACUAAAGAAUCUGUGCCUUAUUGCCAGGCAGGUUUAAUGCAUUCAACACCCUGUGCUGCUGUGGAGCUGAUUGCAAAUGCAAACAUUGAGGAUGAAUCAGGUGGUACCCAAAUGGAACAAGAGGGUGCCAGUUCAAAUGAACCUUUCAUUACUGUUAUAAACUUGAGGGAUACAGAGGGAAGUAAAUGUUAUGAAGUAGGUUGUGUCCCUACAUCUUCUGGGGAGACUUGGGACACUUUUACUUCUGCACAUCAUGCUUGCCCCCCUAAACUAGAUGCUUCCAGCAACCUAGAUAUGACAAGCAUCAUACAUGUAGAAAGGAGAGUGCUGCCUACUGCUCUUUCACUGGCAGGAGAUGAAGUUGCCAAUUACAUUGACGUAGUAUCACAGAACAGUGAACAACAUGAGAAGGAAGGAAGGAAGGAUAUUGAAUUGGAUGAAUCUCACUGUGGGGAUUCACCAGAACUGGAACUCUUCCCUGUGUACAAAAACAGUGAUAAGAAAUAUAUGCACAGCACACCUGAGCAUGAGGACAAAAAAUGGGUAGCUGAUGAUACAAUCGUUGGUUUACGUUCUGCUGCAGUUCAAAGUAUUGAUGAACAUUGGGAACUAGAGUUUGAAGAGGACAGGGAGAUCUCAACCAAAGAACACAAUAUCUUUAAAGGAAGUCAUGCUUUGCCAGAUGGGCAGGAUAAAGCACCUGAGACUGAUGUACCAAAGCUAGAAAAGUUUGCAAUGCCCGAAUCUAAUUGUGAGGCAACUUUUGUGGUUUUUAAUCCCACAAAUGAUGAAUGCAACUUCACUUCUCCUCCUGCCAUGGGUUCAAAAAAUACAACCUUUGCUGUAUUUGCUGUGCCAGAGGAAGUUGGUGGUAGAAUUAAUAAACUUUGCAAGAAUGACUCCAUAGCAAAAGAGCAACUGAGGAGGACAUCACUCAAAAGUAACUCGGAACGAGUCGCAGUUAAGUUACCAAACAGAUCUACGCUUGGAACUACCAUAACCAAAGCUAGGAAAGCAGAAAUAGUCAGCUUUCCAAAACCAAACUUUAAAAAUAUAAAGCCCAAAGUUAUAUCCAGGUCUGCGCUGCAACCAAAAGAGAGUGCUGCAUUAAAAGCAGCUCAAAGAUCUCCUCAACUAUCUACUGCUUCCUCAUCGUCCCCAAAUUCCUCCCCAAGGCAGCCAUCAACUUCAGUUGCAGCACUGAGGAAAAAGCCUCACUUGGAUAAAGGCUCAAAAACAGAAACGCCAAUGAGUAAGACCCACAAGCAACAUUUUAAUAAACACCUUCCCAGCCAAGUUAUGCAUGCUGCAACUCAUUCUGAAAACCUUUCCCACAAGGUUCCAAAAGCAGCUGUGUUGAAGCAGAAUGUGGAACAGGUCGACAAAAUGAGGUGUCCUGAUUCAACAUCCUCUCCAGUGGCUUUAACAUGCUCCUCUAACUCAGGUGAGAUGUUAAGUGACAAAAUGGAAGAUGCGGAGUCUUGGGGCCAACCUUCUGCUUUGAAUAGCUGUCAGAAACCUCAAGAAGAGCAACAGCAGAUUGAUUGUCUGGGAACUGCUGAAGAAAGGCUGGUCCAAAAUGCUGCAGAUGAAGCUUUCAAGCCUGCACAUCUUCCCUUGGUUUCUUUGCCUGUAUUAGACACAGCACAAGGGCAAAGUUUAUCCAAGGGCAGUCCUGUCAUCUUGAGAAAUGGAGCAGCAUCCAAGAUUUCAUUCCAUUCCAGGAGAGGAAGUGAGAGUACAAAUAUUCAUGCAGCUAAAGCUUCAUCUCCUCAAAGAGCAGUUCAGUCAACAAAAUCUGGUGUAGAAACUUCUUCUCCCAAGGGAAGACUUGGUUCUCUGAAGUCCACACCAGGAUCUUGGACCACUUCUGGUAAAUCAGUUCCUAAAUCGAAAGUCCCCAUAAGAGAACCAGGACUCCGGAGAACCUCUAGCAUCUCUUCCAUCAGUAGCACUCAGAGCGACCAAAGUACUUGCAGCAAUAAUUCUACAAGUGCCACCAUUAUCAUCAAGAAUGGAGAUUGGCCUUCCAAGUCGGCUUUUCAAAAUGGUACACCUGGAUCAAUCUCUGUGAAGCCAUUGCCCAGGCCAAGAGUUCUUUCCCUGAAAAACACCCCAAAAGGAGUAAAAAGCAAGUUAAGCUCUGGAAGCCAAUGUACACCAAAAUCAGCCGGGUCAGUUCUUCCAGCGAGGAAGAUUGCUGAUGCAAGAGGCAAUAAUCAGCGGUUGGCGCCUUCAGGACAAAAUGGAUCCCGAAAUAUAUUCUCAACAUUCAGUUCUGCAGUUGAUGGUAAAGAUAAGCCGAAGAGGCCGAAGACUUCUUGUGUACAAAGUUGCAAAACUGUUGAAGUGCAGUCACCAGGAGAAAAACAGCAAUUGACAGAAAGCAAAAGAAAAUAUGAAAACCAAAGUAGAAUUAUCCAGCAACUGAAGACAUGCUUGGCAAGCAGUAAUCAGAAAAUUGAAGCAUUUGCUCUUGUGAUCCAGCAUUUACAAUCUGAGAGGGAGGAAGUGCUAAAGCAAUGUAAAGAGUUGUCACUAGAAAUUCAAAAUUGUCGUGGAGAGUUGGUAACAACUUCUGUAACCUGUGAGAAAUUGGAGAAAGAGAGAAAUGAACUACAAGCAACCUAUGAAAGAUAUGUGCAGAAGCUGAACCAGCAGCACCAAAGUGAUUUAUCUGAGUUAGAAGACAAACUAAAACAGUUCUACACAUCAGAAUAUGAAAAGCUUCAGAACAUCUGCAUUGAAGAAGCUGAAAAAUACAAAUCACAACUCCAAGAGCAGGUGGACAACUUGAAUAUUACACAUGAAAAUUUUAAGCUAGAACUUGAAACAAGUCAUACAGAAAAGAUACAUGAGCUGAAGGAGGAGUAUGAAUCAUCCUUUUCAGAACUCAAGAGCACGUAUGAAUUACAACGAAAGACACUUGAAGACUCUUUCCACGAGAAACAAGAAGAACUAGAGAAAAAAAUUAAUGAACUACAAAAUGAAAUUGGUUGUUUGAAUGAAAAGCUUAAUUUGGAAGAACAAAAAUGGGCAGCCAAAGAAAAAGCAAAUCUCAAAAACCCUCAGCUUAUGUAUUUGGAACAAGAACUGGAAAGUCUGAAAGCAGUGUUGGAGAUAAAGAAUGAACAGCUCCGACAACAAGAUAGCAAACUAGUGAAAAUGGAAAAUCUGGUGGAGAACAACAACACCUUAAUGGAAAAAAUGAGGAAAAUUCAGCAAGAAAAUGAAGAAUUAAAAGCUCGAAUGGACAAACACAUGGAGCUGUCUAGGCAGCUUUCCACAGAACAGCAAGCUUUACAGGAAUCUCUGGAGAAAGAGUCAAAGGUAAAUAAACGCCUGUCGAUGGAAAAUGAAGAACUUCUCUGGAAGCUACACAAUGGGGAUCUGUGCAGCCCCAAAAAACUGUCCCCUGGAACUCCACCCAUGUCUUUUCCAUCACGAAGGAAUUCCAGCUCUUUCUCUAGCCCAACAGUGUCACCUAGAUAACAUUGCUCAGAAGACAAAUUCCCCAUGAAGAAAUGUCAUUCAUUAUUGUGAGGAAGCAAAGAGCUAUAUUAGCUCUCUGUGACUGAAAUAUAACUGGAAACUACUGUUGUGAGAAGUAACUGUAAUAUACUGAAACUUCAGGAGUACGAUUCUGAUGUUUGGUUUUUUUUAUAGAGUUUUUUUUAAAAAAAGACUUUGAUAGUAACUUCUCUGAACAUUGUUGCACAAAGCACUUAAAAGAGCAAGGAUAGUCUUGUUCAUUUUUGCCUUUUUUUUACCUAACUCUAGGGGGAAAACUGCUCAGGGGCUUAUAAAUAAAAGAUCACAACCUUUAAUAUGUUCCUUAUUAUAGACACCUUCUAGAGACGCUGGGUGUGGGUUAUGAGUGGAUUGGAUGUAGCACACAGAAUGUGUGUCUGAUGCCGCUGCCUUGGCCAUGUAUAUUCUAAAGGAUGAACGUUGAAGUACAUAGUGACAUGUACUUCAUGAAUAAAAUAUUGUCAUUAUGCAUGUUUUAAUAAAGGUUUUGCCCUUCAUUGGGACAAAGGACAAGCUGCCACGUGUGCUAUGCAUUCUUCCUUAUCUCUGUAUUUCAGUUUAGUAAAAGAAAGGAGAUGCUAUUUUUGUUUGAUUUUGCCUUCAUCUACCUAUUUCAUACUGUAUUUUAUAAUGAGGCUGAUUAUGUCUAACACCAUAAUAUAUUGUUCAAAUUUUGUUUAGGAUACCAACUUAUAAAAUGACUGUCUUGGAAUUAGAUUUCUCCCUAUAAGUAUGGUUUUCCCUUGGCUUUCAAAA